UGGAAAGGAGUACAAUGUUGGCGUUUUAGGUCAGGGAAGGAUUUAUUUUGUGGGGCUAAAAAUAAGUUGAGAGAAAGUGAAAGCAAAGUGAUUGAGGAAACAAAUAUACUUGCUUUCACUUUUGCAUUGAGCGAGCAACACUGAAGGUUGUCAACGGUUCACCUGUUAGCAAGAGGAGAAAAUAAGUAAAUUACCAAACAUAUUUCUGAAUUCCCACCUCAGCCGUGUCUGGGAUUAUGAGUGGCUCAAUGUUACAGUGUCCCCGUUGCCAGAAGUGCAGUGGUAAGAAAAUUGAUAGCCAACGUUCAGUGUGUUCCGCUUGCUCCGAAGAGCUAAGGCGUGUGUACCAGUUCUGCUCGGCCUGCAGGCGUGAGUGGCCCAAGGGGAUGACCGGGGGCAGCUCCUGCACUCUUCCUGGGUGCGCAGUCCGAGCUGCUCUCAUGUCGAAUCAGACCAUCACUGCCAAUACCAGCUCAGUGUUCAGAUGUCCCUUCUUUCGGGCCUGUCCUCGCUGCAAAGCCCUUCUGACUCAUACUGGUUGGGGCUGCCCAAAUAUUGUGUGCCCACAUUGCAGUACUCGAUUCUGCUUUCGCUGCCUGAAGAGUGGGCCAUGCUUUUCCCACUGUGAAAUGGUAGAUAACAGUGCGUCUCUCAGAGCUUUGGGGGUCUAAGAGUUCAGAGUCGUAAGAAAUACUGCCAGAUUUUAAUUUUAAUUUGAAUUCCUUUUUUGUGUUAGUAUGGCACUUUGUUAUGAUACAUACAAUAUCAGAUUCCAGUAUUAAAUGCUUAGCAUUAAAUAUGCUACUCCACAACAUAUAAAAACUCCUUUUAAUAUUUAAUCUUGUACCAGUCUAUUCAAAUAAUCCUGUAGUCUGUUUCCUAGUUUUCCCCUUUAAAAAUAAUGCUAAUUAGAAAUAGUUUUCUUUAUCGAUUUCCUUUGCAUUUGUGUCACAGAAUUUCAGUUUGGAACUUAAUAACUUGUUACAUAAUUUCAAGUAGCUUUCAUAGUUGUUAAAUAAUAUGAGGUAUUAUUUAUUUAUUAUAAAUAACAAGGAGGUAAUAUGGGAGCUUUGAGUCAACUGUGGCCUUUGCAGACCAUGUACGGAUUGGUUAUCUUGUUACAUGUUGCUUGGAAACAGAAAUACAGGAUAGUUGUUUUUACUAAUCAGAUAGAUUGCAUUCAAAUAACACUACAUUUAUACAUAGGUAUGGGCUAUAACCAGGGUGUGAUGAGUUCCUGUCCCUCCAAGGUGAUUAAUGCAAUACUGAUGUCUAAACAGUGUGGUAAUAAUGCAUUUCUUUAAAUGUGUACAAAAAAGAUUAUUUUUAUGUAUAGAAUGGCAUACUGGCAACUGUUUUCAACAUGUUUCUUGAAAUUGUUUAAUGCGUCUUGACAUUGACUGAUUUGCAGGAACAUAACCCUGUUGUAUUCUACAAAAUAAAAUAUUUGUUGUAUUAUUGUACAGUAGGGUUACACCAUUUUCUGUGACUUUUUUUGUGUUGUGUUGAUGUAAAGUUGAUCCAUGUUAAAUAAAAAUAUUAAUUGGA